CCAUCCUCAUGGAGUGUGAGACUCUUUCUACUUAAAGAGUGACUGACCUAAUACAGUCAAUGCCCCUUAUACAGUUUUGCUUUUGUUACAACUUUGGUACAUUGCUGCAUCUGCAUUGUUUGAUUGCAUUGUCUUCUCAUAGGGUGGAGGUUUUUAAUACGCAGAUUACACAGAACUCAUCCAUUCUACUGUGAAAAGAAGUAGGGAGGUCAAGAUUUGGAGCAUAGAGUUCAAUGGGUUCCUUGUGGCGUUCCAUUGCACAUGUGUAUUUCAUAAUAGCAUUCAUCAGUUCCUCUGCUCUAGCAGAAGAUCCAUAUAAAUUCUUUACCUGGAAUAUUACAUAUGGUACCAUAUGGCCUCUUGGUGUUCCUCAGCAGGGAAUUCUGAUCAAUGGUCAGUUUCCUGGACCUGAUAUUGAUAGUACGACAAAUGACAACAUUAUUAUUAAUGUAUUUAAUAAUUUGAACCAAAAAUUCCUAUUGUCAUGGAGUGGGAUACAGCAGAGAAGAAACUCCUGGCAAGAUGGAGUUUUUGGAACCAAUUGUCCCAUUCCACCUGGGAAAAACUUCACAUACAAGUUCCAGGUGAAGGAUCAGAUAGGAACCUAUUUCUACUUCCCGUCAAUGUACUACCAUAAGGCAGCAGGAGGCUUCGGAGGCCUUAAAGUUGUUAGCAGGCCCCUGAUCCCUGUGCCUUUCCCUGCUCCUGAUGGUGAUGUCACUCUGCUGAUAGGCGACUGGUACAAGAGAAAUCAUACUAUCCUUCGGAGAACUCUCGACUUGGGGAAAUCUCUGGGUGCUCCUGAUGCUGUUCUCAUCAAUGGCCGAGGACCAAAUGGUUAUGCAUUGACAGUGGAGCAAGGAAAAACCUAUCGUCUUCGCAUUUCAAAUGUGGGAUUGUCAUCCUCUCUGAACUUCAGGAUUGAGGGGCACAAAAUGAAGCUUGUUGAAGUGGAGGGCUCUCACACUGUCCAAAAUAUCUAUGAUUCUCUUGAUAUACAUGUUGGUCAGAGCUACUCUGUUCUGGUGACUGCGGAUCAGCCACCUCAGGACUACUACCUCGUUGCAUCUACUCGAUUCACUAGUCCUAUUCUCACGGGUUAUGGAGUCUUCCGCUACAGCAAUUCUCAGAAGGCUGUUUCUGGAUCUAUUCCGGGAGGUCCAACCAUUCAGGUUGACUGGUCUCUUAACCAGGCAAGAUCCAUCAGAUGGAACCUGACAGCCAGUGCAGCUCGUCCUAAUCCCCAAGGAUCAUACCAUUAUGGGAACAUUACCAUUACUCGAACCCUGAAGCUCGCAAGUUCUUCAGCCAUAAUCAAUGGGAAACAGCGUUAUGCAAUGAAUGGUGUUUCUUUCCAGCGUCCCGACACACCAUUGAAGCUUGCAGAUUACUAUAAUAUUGGUGGAGUGUUCGCCGUGGGUGGUAUUCCUGACAGUCCUGAUGGUAGAUCUGCUUAUCUCCAGACUGCUGUGAUCGAUGGAGAUUACAGAGCUUUCAUUGAGAUUGUCUUCCAGAACUAUGAAGACACCAUACAGUCAUGGCAUUUGGAUGGAUAUUCCUUUUUUGUAGCAGGAAUGGAUGGAGGAGAAUGGACACAAUCAAGCAGAGCGAGCUACAAUCUGUUCGAUGCAGUUUCUCGCUGCACAACACAGGUAUAUCCAAAGUCAUGGACUGCUGUUCUUCUAACCUUAGAUAACGCGGGAAUGUGGAACCUAAGGUCAGAAACAUGGGAAAGGCAGUACCUGGGCCAGCAAACGUACCUGAGAGUGAAAUCUCCAGUAAAAUCGCUGAGAGAUGAAUAUGACAUUCCUCUUAAUGCUCUGCUCUGUGACGCAGCCAGGGGCCGUUCCCGUACUCCCCAACCAUAAAUCCAUCCAUUAUUCCAUUACAAUUCUUUCAUUCGCCAUGGAUGCUUCUCUGGUACAGUCACAACAGGGUGACUGAUUAGUGAUUAAUUCUCAUUACUGCAAUGUCUCUCCAUUGUAGCCGCAAUUUUAAAUUUUCGGCCCUUAUAAAUAAGCGAAGAGCUUCCUGCUGCAAUGGAAGCCUUCUGUUCUAGUUUGAAUUUAAUUAUUCGAAUAUUUAUAAAUUUUUAUAAUUUCCGGUACCGCCGAAUUAAUUUCAUCUUUUUUUA